AUGGGCUCCCUGGGUCCUAGCGUGGUAACCCUGCAGCAGCAGCAGCAGCACAAGACCGGCAAGCCUACGGCGGCGGCGGCGGCGGGUGGCGGCCACCACGAGCAGGAGCAGCAGCAGAGCAGCAGCAGCUGCGGCGGCGGGUCGUCGUCGUUCCGGAUGCCGCUGCACUACCCGCGGUACAAGAAGGCGGACUACGAGGCGAUGCCGGAGUGGCGCGUCGACUGCCUCCUCCGCGAGUACGGCCUCCCCGUCGCCGGCGACCUCCGCGAGAAGCGGGAGUUCGCCAUGGGCGCCUUCCUCUGGCCCGAUCAGUACUGA